AUGGACUCACAAGUGGGUUCCACGGCCCAGCUACCUUCCAGGGCAGAGGAACGGCCAGUCGUCGUUCGUGCUUGCGACAUGUGCCGGAAGAAAAAGAUCCGCUGCGAACCUACUGCGCAAGGAUGCAGUCCUUGCACCAAAUAUGGCACAGUGUGUCAUUUUACGCCAAUUGCAAUGAAGAGGAAGCCUCGCAGACCAGCUGGCUUCAAAUACAUCGCACAGCUCGAGAAGAGACUUUUAGGAGUAGAAGCUUUGCUAGGAGACAGGUCAUUGGGAAAGCCAACUGUACCUGACAUCGGUUCGCAUAAAGAACAAACGACACCCGCGGAAUUACUUGGCACAGCGGUGUUGAACACAUCUCCCAAUGAAAGCAAUCCUUGGAUACAAAAGAGUGAGCCACAAGCUCCCUCAUCUGAACAAACGAACAAUCUAUUAGGGUUUCACCAUGGAUCUACAUUUCGAGCACCCGACCACAAUGCAACCGAUUGGUCUACGCUUGGCAGUUAUGUAACUGACCGUUUGUGGCCUCAUCCUGCUCCGGAAUUACGCCCAGUUUCUCUACCAGUGCGUCAGCAGCUACCCACAAAGGCAGUCGCUGAGGAGUUGAUUGAGGAAACUUUCAGCAACUACAAUAGGUUUCUUCCACUUUUUCAUGAGAAGGACUUCUUGAAAGAGUUUCACCUCAAGUACUCGACUUCUAAUCCUAGAGAUGCUGGUUGGUGGGCAUGCCUCAAUGUUGUGCUGUCGAUAGCGCAUCGUCUCCGCGCCAUACGAACAUUAGACCCAACACAAGAGCACAUUCUAGCUUAUGGCUAUGCUCAAAACGCCCUAAGCGUCGUCUCUGAGCUGAACGUCUCCGACCGCAGCCUCUCCGCCGUUCAGGCUCUGGCGGGUAUGGCCUGCCUUCUUCAGGGCACACCAGAUCCGGAGCCAGCCGCAAUGCUCGUGGCCGCAGCUCUACGCUUGGCCCAGAUCAUGAAUCUGCACAGAGAAUGUUCCAGUCCAGGGCUCACGGAAUCAGAAGCCGAGAAACGGAGGCGGGUGUUCUGGAAGGUGUACAUUCUUGACAAGGAUAUUAGUCUACGAACGGGCCGACCCUUUGGUCAAGAUGAUGAUGACAUGGAUGUACGUUUGCCAUCAAACGCAAAUCUUGAGCUGGGUAACCUGGACCUCUUCAACUGUCGCAUAGGGCUUGCGCUUGUUCAGGGGCAGGUGUAUAAACAAUUGUACUCAGUACGGGCUGGACGACAGACAGCGGCACAGAGAGCGAUUGCGGCACAAGAGUUGGGUUCUUUAUUAUCGUACUGGAAGUCCAGCGCGCAGCUGGAAAUACCAGAGAACUUUGCAGCAUCGUCAGGGUUUCAACUUUCAGGCGAGAUGAUACACAAGGUGGUUCUACGACUCACAUAUCUUCAUUGCCUCACAAUGAUUGAUCGCCACUUGCCCCCGAUGCCACCAUCUUUCUCCAACCAAGAGCUCAGCCGGUCCGAACCAUUGGUACCGCCCCCAGGCAGUCUAUGCGUCGCUGAGGCACGCAAAGCGAUCCGUCUUAUCGAAGCUAUUCCUCAAGGAGACUGCGCCUGUGUCUGGUAA